AUGGCCCACAAUGCAGCGGCUGCCUUCGUUUCGAGCUUUUCGCUCAUUGCCUUGGGUCUUCUGCUGAAGCGGUGCAAUAUCGUGCAGGAGGGAGAGACAGAUGGGCGCACGCUGCUGAAGCUGGCACUGAAUGUGGCCACACCCGCCUUGCUGCUGCACACCUUCGCGGAAGCACCAAAGGGCACCACCGCUCCAUCCCUGGCCCUCACGGCCUGGCUUUUGAGCUUCAGCUUGGCUGCUCUGAGCGGCUGGAGGGGCUUUCGAGAGAAGGAGUCGCGCCAGGAGCGGGCACUACUCACCGGCAUGAUGACAGGGUUGAACUUAGGAAUGUUCUCUUAUCCCAUCAUCCAUGGAAUAUUCGGAGUGGAAGGGCUCUGCAUUGUGGCCUGCCUGGAUGUACCGAACAUGAUCGUGAACUUCGCAUACAAUCGUGCGGUCUUUGACGGCUUGGCCCAAGAGAGGCCAUCAGGGGCCCGGCUUCUGCGCACCGCUGGCCUCCAGCUCUUGAAAGCUCCUACCCUGGUGGCAAUUUGGGUUGGCCUCACUCUGCGGCGGCUUGAUUUGCCCAUGCCAUCAUUGGUGGACGACACCUUGGCCGAGCUGGGCCACGCAAACAAGGUUCUCGUGAUGAUGGCUUUGGGCAUCCUCCUGGAGCUGCGGCUUCCCAAGGACCAGCGGAGACAGCUGGCAGAGCUCCUGUCUCUGCGCUGUGCUUUGGGCUUUGCUGCGGCAGCUGGCACCGCCGUGCUGGGACAGCGGCUGGGUUCGCCGGCUCUUCCAGAGCGGGAUAAAUGA